GAGGAUCCUCAUCUCCACGUCCAUCGUCUCCGGCCUCAGAUCUAACCUAAAUGAUGCAGAAACCUCAAUUCUCAUUUCUGGUCUCCCCAAUAUUCUGGCUCCUGAUUGGUUCCCGAUGUCGUCAGGUCCAUGGUGAAACCUACGUAAUGCCGUAUAAUCCCAACAUGUUCGAUGAUCAGUACAUCGGCUGCUCCGAUACGAUGGAGAAGGACAUCAUGCCCAAGGUUCUUCAGCAGGAGAUGGCAAACAAGCAGUUUAGGGACGCCUGGAUCAACGCCACCGAACGCUGGGAAGAUAUCAGAGAUGACCUGGAGCUUCCGGAAGGGUUCGAGGACGAGUAUGGGAUCGCUCUUCUGACCUUCACCAAUCACUAUCCAAAGGAAAAUCCCAUAUACCGGCAGCUGAAUGGGAACCUCACCAUAGCAGGAGCCUCCCAGAGAGACUACAUGGAGAAGUUCCACUUCAAAGCCCUUCACUUCUAUCUAACAAGAGCCCUGCAGAUACUAAAGCCCAACUGUCACCAAAACUACACCACCUAUAGGGGGAGUAAAGACAAAUUCCAAGUAACACCGGUGAUGAAGUUCGGUAGAUUCACUUCGUCUUCUCUGAACAUUAUGGAGGCCCUGGACUUCGGCACAGAAUCUUUCUUCCGGAUAACCACGUGCUUCGGGGCCAGACUUGGCAACUUGUCAUUUUUUCCGGCAGAAGAAGAAGUUCUGAUUCCUCCGACCGAGAAGUUCUUAUAUGUCACAAAAGAGAAAUUGGUCUAUUACCUCACAAGUACCGGGGAGACCUGCAGCUACUUCAACUGCGCCUAUCUAGAAGGGGAGAAGAAGGAGGUUGCGGUCUGUCGAUCGGACAUGACUAAAUCUAAGGAAGAACCGGAGGACAACAAAAAAAGGACAAUGAUGUCUCCAGCCGAAAUUGAGGAAAGGAUCAGCGCCCUGGAGGAUCAGAUUAGCCUCAGUAUCCUGUACAGAAUUAAGCACCAAAAACAGAUCGAUGAUAUUGAGAGUAACCUGGAUGACAACCACCCCUUAUAUGAUUAUGUCUUUAAUCUGGAGGAGCAGAUGGAAGAUCUCACCACAUCGGUCGCUCCUCUGCUCAAAAGUGAAGAAGAAAAAUUGACUCUUCUUAAAAAUCAUGGACUAUUACUGGUCUCAUUGGAGGCAAAGAUGAAAAAACAACAAGAUCUUACGGGAUUGAUCGUUCCUCUGCAUGAGAGAGAAAGUGCAAUACUGAGCGCUGUUCUAGAUCACCAGGAAUCCCUGACAUCAUUACAGGAAGAGAUCAGAGAUCUACGAGAUCUUACUAGUUUGAUCGUUCCUCUGCGCAAGAGACAAAAUUCUAUAGUGAAAUCCAUUUUACAUCAUCGGAAAUUACUGAAGAAGCUGCAGGAAGAGCUCAGAGAACUACAAGGUAUUGUUUUUGGAUUGAUGAUGUUCGUUGUCAUCAUUUGUGUCUUAAUAAUAUGUCACUUCUGCCGCCGAUUCGUCACCUGGAUGUGAAGUUUGUAAACCCUGAAAUCAACGAUCAGACCGAGGCCGCGGGAAAUAAUGACUUACCCCAAGAAUAAGAUCUCUGAUACAGUCAUCGGGGUCUACAGGGGAUACAUGAAGUCAGCUCGUGAGGCCUUCAGAGACUAUGUACUUUAAUCCAUCGCAUUAUGCGACAUUCCCGGUACUUUUGUCGUGUUGGUUAUUGUGUGGAUAAAUCAUGGUUAAUAAGUGUGUGAUUUUUGCAGUUGCAAGUGACACAUCAGCCACCCCUCUAGAUAGGGGCGCCACUUGUACCCUGGUAACCAAGUCUUAUAACUACAACCAAUGUUUCCUUUCUUGUCAACCAGUUAUACGGAUAUAAAAUCAAAUGCAAGGUCCUAUUUUUUUUUUUUUUUUACUUUAAUUGUCAUUUUUGGUCCGUAUUUUGUUUACAUAUAUUUUGGGACACAUUGCAGUGUCCCACUACCUGGUUUCCCAGUGUCUUGACUGAGCUGUGGGACAUGUAACCCCAACAUCAGCACUUAAAGAGUUAAUUUACCUUCCUUACACUCUUAUAGUCUUAGUAUUGCACUAUUGUGUUGUCUAUGUUUACCUAUGAGUAUAAUGAUGCAGAAUGUAUUCCUUGUACUUUACUGACAUCAUCUGGUGAAAAUGUGUAAUGGCAGAGCAAAUAAGAAGGGUCAUAUAGCAUAAUGUAUAUUUCAUAUAUGGAUAAGAAUGUACUAGAACAGGGGUAGAUCCCACUCCAGUCAAUCACCCUUCUUCUAGGGAGGAGUUUGCCCUAGUGAGCAGCCUGUAUUCUGCAGAGCAAGUAAGUAGGGUCUAGUGAGAGCAGAAUAGGAGAGCAGAGGUCCUGUACCAAGCCUUAGGCCGCCUGAGCCUUCCGUCCAGUGAAUAAAGUAUUACACCCAGGUUGCCUGAAAAAGAAAGGAUUAACGCGAGCCUUGCUGCAACCAGGACCUGAAAAGCUUCCGGCAAGGCCUUGUCAAGUAGAAAGGGGCUAGUAAGGCUACACAGGAUCUGCACCCCGCAGUUGGGAACUAUAGAAUUACAGAGGAACUACCAGUAACAGUAGUUUCCAACUGGGAACCAACCAAUGAAGAAGCCUAUGCCCCUUUUUGGAGAAGAGUAUUUAAGGGAUUAUGAGUAACUUUAACCAUUUAGAGGCUGAGUGGAGAAGGUAGGGAGACAAUACACCCAAAUACCCUUGCUAUA